GGCUCCUCCGCCGUGCUGCUGCUCCUGCUGCUGCUCCGCUUUCCCCGCUUCGCCAUGGCCACCACCGGCUCCACGCUGCUGCAGCCCCUCAGCAGCGCCGUCCUGCUGCCCAUAGACCAGGUCAACUUCGUAGUGUGCCAACUUUUUGCCUUGCUUGCUGCUGUUUGGUUUAGAACUUAUCUUCAUUCAAGCAAAACUAGCCCGUUUAUAAGGCACCUAGUUGCCACCCUUUUGGGCCUUUAUCUUGCACUUUUUUGUUUUGGAUGGUAUGCCUUACAUUUUGUUUUACAAAGUGGAAUUUCCUACUAUAUCAUGAUCAUUAUAGGAGUGGAAAAUAUGCACAAAUACUGUUUUGUUUUUGCUUUGGGAUACCUCACUGUGUGCCAAAUUUCUAGAGUCUAUAUCUUUGACUAUGGACAAUAUUCUGCUGAUUUUUCAGGCCCAAUGAUGAUAAUUACACAGAAAAUUACAAGUUUGGCAUAUGAAAUUCAUGAUGGAAUGUUUCGAAAGGAUGACGAACUCACACCAUCACAACAAUGCUUAGCUGUAAGACGCAUGCCAAGUCUACUGGAGUAUUUAAGUUACAACUGUAAUUUCAUGGGUAUCCUGGCAGGCCCAUUAUGCUCUUAUAAAGACUAUAUUACUUUCAUUGAAGGCAGAUCAUAUCAACCGGCACAGUCUGAAGCAAAUGGGAAAGAAGAGAUAAAAUAUGAACAAACAGAUCCUUCUCCAAAUAUAGCUGUGGCGCAGAAACUCAUAGUAUGUGGGCUCUCCUUAUUGUUUCAUAUGACUGUUAGCAAAUUAUUGCCUGUAGAAUACAACAUUGAUGAUCAAUUUAGAGCAACAGCAUCACUGCCUACAAGGGUUAUCUACUUGUACCUAUCUCUUAUGGCAGCCAGACCCAAAUACUAUUUUGCAUGGACUUUGGCAGAUGCAAUUAAUAAUGCAGCUGGGUUUGGAUUUAGAGGCUAUGAUAAAAAUGGAGUCUCACACUGGGAUUCAAUUUCAAAUCUACGAAUUCUACAUAUAGAGUUCUCAACAAGUUUCAAGAUGUUUCUUGAUAACUGGAAUAUCCAGACAGCUUUGUGGCUCAAAAGAGUAUGCUAUGAACGUGCUUCCAUUAGUCCAACGAUACAAACCUUCAUCUUGUCAGCAAUUUGGCAUGGAGUAUAUCCUGGAUAUUAUUUAACAUUCUUAACAGGGGUACUAAUGACAUUAGCAGCACGAACAAUUAGAAAAAAUAUUAGGCACUACUUCAUUGAUUCUCCAGCCAUUAAAUUAUGUUAUGAUAUCAUGACGUGGAUGAUGACUCAAGUAGCAAUAAGUUAUACAGUUGUACCAUUUGUACUUCUCUCUGUAAAAUCAUCGUACAUGUUUUACAGCUCCUGUAAUUUCUGCCUCCACAUUGCCUGCAUUUUAGUGUUGUUAAUAUUUCCAGUGAAAAGAACUCAAAAAGGAAAUAAAGACCAAGAAAGCAUCAGACCCUCUCGGUCGAAAAAGCCAGAAGAUAAUGAUGUAGAAGAAAAAAGCAGUACGGGACAUAACAGCCAUUUAUUGGCAAAUAGUUUCAAUCAAAAAACAGAAUUCACCUACAGAAACACAGCAACAAAACAAUGAUUCAAGAUGCUAUGGUGGAUAUAUUUUAUAUUUUCAAAGCCCAUUUAUAGCACCUUUUAAAGGGGUUUGUAUUUGUCUGAAAAGAUGGUUAGUAAGAAAAGAAUGCUAUAUCACUAGAGAAUAUUGAAUACACUAGCAAGAAUAAAAACAAAGCAGAUUAACGUCUCCCGUGCCAUGUUCCUGCGGAUCAUGCCUUAUAUGAAAAUAUUACCAUUAUUUCAAUGGGCACUCAGGACUUGACAGCGUAUGUCCAUUGGGUCAUUGGUGUGCCCUUUUGCCGAAUGUACGUUGUGUAUCCUAAGGCACUGAUGGGGGUUGUGAACAAUUGUGUCAAUCCAGAGUAAAAGAAAGAAAAUAUCUUUAAAAAUGAAUGCCUUGCCUUAAGCCCUCUAUCUACUGAAAUAAAGUUUCUAAUUUGUAUUUUCAUGCUUAAUAUAAUGUGGGAAGCAUAGUUUAAAUAUAAGCUUUAGUGUGCCGAUGGACAAAAUAGGGAAAUGAGAAAAAUGUUUGAAGUGUUAAGAAGGAAUUUGCAAUAAGCAUCUCAGUUUUUCCAGAGUUUUCUUGGUAUAUCAUAUGUGAAGAGUACAGAACUGCAAACAUUGAAAAUUAUAGUUAAUUUUGACAGAUAAUUUUUUGCAUUACAAGGGAGCCCUCUGAAAAUUGUAUUUUUUACCAUAAAAGUCAAUUUUCUCAGGGCUAAAAAACCUGGCGUAUUUAUUUUGUUGCUUCACUAAACACGACCUUUGUACUGAGAAACAAACUGGCAGCCAACAUCUCAUAUCUUGUUAAAAUGGUGACAGCACAGCAAAAUUUCUUGUUACCAUGUACAAAAUAUUUUACAAAAAGUGAAGUUCAGAUGCAGUUACCUUGACAUUUUGUCAGAGGCAUAAAGACUUAGCGUGGGAAGGUGCUUAUGAUAUAAGUAUAGUCAAAUUAUUUCAUGGUUCUAAUUCAGUUUAUAUUAAACAAAGGGUGGAAUGGUUAAAUAGGCAUUUUCUAGCUCAUCCUUAACAUUAUGUAUGUACCAUAUAAUACUGGAUACCUGUGAUUUAGGAAAUCAGGUUUUCAUACAUGGAGAUCAUACUGUACCUUUUGAUAAAAUGUUCCCAAUCAU